AUGGCUGACUUUAGCCGAACCUCCCACGACUUGCCCUCCCACCUACAAACAGAAUACGAACAGCCCGGAAGCAUGUCUCUGGGGAACACUACAAACCCUGCUGCCGAGGAUGGCGCUUCCGGUUCACCAAACGGAGUUGGACCGGGCCCGGGAGCUGGACCUGGGGUGGGAUCGGGUAUGACGACGGCCGGCGCACCUGAUGGCGCAAAGCCUGAGAUGUCCAAGCAGGUCCAAGAAGUGCUGGGCUCUGAUAUCGGUGUUUCGACCAUGCUGAACCGACUGAAGCAGAGCAUCGCAUCGGCCAAGGAGUUUGCUCUGUUCCUGAAGAAACGAUCGGUCCUCGAGGAAGAACACGCAAAAGGCAUGAAGAAGCUCUGCAGAUCGGCACAAGACAACCUCCACCAUGCCGACCACCGACAAGGCACUUUCGCCCAGUCAUACGAGGAAAUGCUCAUGAUCCACGACCGCAUGGCCGAGAAUGGCACACAAUUUGCCCUAUCUCUGCACCAGAUGCACGAGGACCUGCUGGAGGUGUGUGCGGUAGCCGAGAAGCACCGCAAGGGGUGGAAGCAAAGUGGUCUAGCUGCGGAACAGCGCCUGACCGACAUCGAGUCACAAAUGCGCAAGUCCAAGACCAAGUACGACUCGUUGGCCGAGGAAUACGACCGGGUCAGAACGGGGGAGGCAAGACAAGGACCCCGAGUCUUCGGUAUCAAAGGACCCAAGUCUGCUGCGCAACAAGAGGAGGAUCUUCUGCGCAAGGUCCAGGCAGCGGAUACCGAUUAUAUGGGAAAGGUCCAAACCUAUCAAGGCGAGAAGGCCGCCAUGGUAUCAACGACACGCCCGGAGGCCAUCCAUGCAUUACAGGACCUGGUCAGAGAAUGCGAUUCAGGUACUUCCUUGCAGAUGCAAAAGUUUGCAUCUUUUAACGAAAAGAUACUGCUCAGCAAUGGACUGGUCAUCAGCCCGCUCAAGAAUGCCACGCUUCCUGGUCAACACUCCCGUAGUCUAAAAGAGGUCAUCAGAGCCAUAGACAACAGGAAAGACCUCGAAGACUAUCUCCUCAGCUUCCAUAGCAAGCUACCAGCGACCACAUCAGAACCAAAAUACGAACGCAACCCUGUCCUGAACCCACAACAGAACAUGUCUUUAAACCAGAUGACCUCAAUGCACCAAAACCAGCAAACGCGGCCGCAGUCACAGACUCAACAACUGCCGCCGCUACAGACGCAGAUGCCACCGCCGCCAGGGUCAGUGGGACGCACUAGCACUUUCGACACAAACUCAUCUCCCAUGGCACAACAGAACUUCAACUCCCCCUCAGUAGCAGGUGCCCCGGGAUCAUCAUCUGGGCAGGGUCAUGAGAGAAGUUUCAGUCAUGGGGCGUUGCAGAACCAGUCGAGCAAACCCCAGCAACCGUAUAACGUGCGGAAUUCAACACAGGCUCCUCCUCCGUCUUCACGGUUCAAUGGUGGUGGCAUUGGCAACACCAUGAGCCCUCAACAAAGUGGCCCACCACAGCUUGGAGCCCUCCCAUUUCAAACCCAGCAACCCGCAAGACAGUCUCCUCAGCAGAGUGGCCCAAGUGCCUACCAGCCGCCUCCACAACAGGAGGCUCAUCCUGCCAGCUCAAUGGCACCACCUGGCGCCAGCGCUGGCCAUGGUGGGCAGGCAAAACAGGUCUUCGGCGUUUCCCUUGCGCGAUUGUACGAACGUGAUCAGUUCGCCGUACCCAUGGUUCUUCACCAGUGUAUACAAGCUGUCGACUUGUAUGGUCUUGCUGUAGAAGGCAUAUAUCGGUUAUCUGGCUCGUCAACACACGUGAGCAGGCUCAAGAACUUGUUCGACACCGACCAAGAAUCGCAUAUUCUCGACUUCCGCAACCCGGAGAACUUCUUCCACGACGUCAAUAGUGUUGCUGGUCUACUAAAACAAUUCCUACGUGACUUACCAGAACCCCUAUUGACUUCGGAGCAUUACUCGGCCUUCAUAGAGGCAGCUAAGCAUGACGACGACAUUGUCCGUCGGGACAGCUUACACGCCAUCAUCAACGGCCUGCCAGACCCCAACUACGCCACACUGCGCGCCCUGGCCCUACAUCUGCAUAGGGUCACGGAGAACAGCGCCGUGAACCGCAUGAAUUCCCAGAACAUCGCGAUCGUGUUCGGGCCGACGCUGAUGGGGACGGCACCCGGCAGCAACCUCGCGGACGCGGGAUGGCAGGUCCGCGUUGUGGACACCAUCUUACAGAACACGUACCAGAUCUUCGAUGAGGACUAG